AUGAAGUCCUUCGGUCAGGCCAUGAGCCCACUCAAGGCCGGCGCUGGACCAGAAGGCUUCAACACGUUUUCUACUCCGGAGUACAAAGUACACCACUGCGAGUCUCGGACAGGGUAUAUGUUCAUCAUGACUACCGACCCCACAGUGGAGGACAUGCAGGACGUUAUGGCCGCUAUAUACACUGAUUUCUUCGUUGAGCUCGCGGUGAUGAAUCCCAUGUACGAGAUAGGCGGUGGAGACUAUUGGCAGCAGCAGCACCAACCGGCGACCGAGCCGAGACCAUAUGCUCAUCAGAGGUGGGGUAAUGACCAGUACAGUAUGAGCGGCAAGGGCUCGGGUGGUUGGGGUUGGCAACAACAACAGAAAGGAGGAUACCGCAAGGGAGGUUACAAAGGCAAGGGGGGAGGGAAGAGGUGGAACGACGUUGACUCUAUGAGGGAUCUCCCGAUUGAACGAUUCGUACAGGAGGAUAUGGUUGUGGACCCUUGGGCUAGUCUUUACCCUAAGUUGAAGGAAGAGCAUCCAGAAUUGUAUGAGAAAUACGCCAAGUAUUUGGACGAUCAGCAGCUGGCAGCCGUGGACUCGCACACGGUGAAGUGA